GAGAGCUCGAGCUGCUCGCACAACGGCACGGCCGCGGCUUGGCCUCUGCCUCGAGUGGCACGGAGAACGCUGCUGCUCCCCGUGCGGCGGACUCCGCAAUGCAGGAGUUACCCGGUGGUCGCCGGUGCGGCGUGGGAUGACUCGUUGGUGAAACGUUGAGACUAUGCGAGAGGCGCGCUGUGCGCUCGUGCGCGCGUUAUUCUGCGUCUCGUUGACCCACGUACAUCAAGCCCCCUGCCAGUUUUUUUUUUCACCCGACUCCCAUAAUUCUUCCCGUUUGUUAUGUGACUAAUGUCCAGCGCGCGCGAGCCGGCUUAUUGUUAUUUAGAGUCUUUUAAGCUCUUCAUCAAGUUAAUUAUUUCCACUCCUCUAUCUCCUCGGUGCUAUUUGUUUUUCCCCACGGGGGUGGGACCCCCACUGCGCCGUGCACGCCUCCGCUGUGGCGCGCAGUGGCUGACACCCCCACACAUGCACACCGCCGCUGUCCACAGCGGUAUUAAUGGGUUCGCCGGAGUUAGUCGAUCGGCAGGUCGCGUGUGAUGGGGCAAAGUGUGCGUACUCGCACCUGUUCCAAGAUGCGUGGCCUUUGUCGAAGGGUAGAGUUAAUACUCUCUGGAGGUGUCGUUAAAUCAGCAUUGUACACAUUUAUAUUUACGCGAUCUAACCCAAAAAAAACUUUAUGAUGGAUGAUGUUGGUCCCCAAAGCCUGCUACGUGUUAGACUGACCACGUGGAGGGGCUUCCUGGAGCUCCCUCCGGUGGAGACCCAGACACCGGUUGUGGCAGGGCGAUGCCUUUACUUUUCAUUCUAAUGUAAAGUGCAGAUAUGCUUAUUUAAUGUGCCCUUGAGUGUUGCUGUUAAGCACUGCAACAAUUAUAUCAUCAUCACCACCAGCGCGGUGGUGGAGCACACCUGUAUGCCGUGAGGGUUGGUGGAGCCACACACAGAUGUUUGCGAAACUCCCUUCGCGUGGGCGUCGCCAAGAGAAUGCGGUAGAACAAAUGUGUGGGCUCCCAAUUGUUUCAUCUGUAUGGGAUCGAGUGUUGCCCCCUCUCACGUGUGAGUUUCCUCUGAAAUGUAAAGACUUCGCAUUCGUGGGCCGGUAACAACCUUCAUAUGUAGAGAACUGCAGAGCUUGUGAAAAUGUUGGCGCCGGCUGUCCUGGCGCUGCUUCCCCACCGGUGAUUGUUUGCGCCUCUGCGUGGUUAUUUUCUCCAGGAGUGAGUGAAUACUGUGCGUUGCGUGACGGUUGAAAUUAUUAUUAUUGUUGUCGUCACGAAAACAACCCUCUCGGACAAACACGGUCCUGUUUGCAAGGUUGGCCUCGGUUGCAUCGCACUUUCUUUGACCGCGAGUCAAAUAAAGCGGAAGCAGAAAACCAUUCAUCGUGACAGUAUUACAUUGAAGCAAAGGGAAAACAUUACAGUUUAUUUUAAUCUACCUCCUUGCGGGCAGUGCAGCUCAUAAUGAAGUAACAAUCUGGAUAAUGCGUAGCUUAAUAACAAUAAACUCCACCUUUUGUGUGCCGAUUUAGACACCCUCUUCAUAUAUGCGGUGCAAUUCAAAUGAUCUUCCAGGUAAAUGAGAAGUGUGCAAAAAGUGAAUUGAGCUGGCCGAAAAGAACAUUCAAGAGCAUGAAACUGAGCAGCUGGAGUAGUUUGAGUCUUGUAUUAAUGCAUUCAAUCAGAGCUUCAUUCAGCAAGCAUGUAUGUAUGCCACUUGAGUACACUUUUGCAUAGCGCAUAAGCUUCUCUUUGUGUUCAUAUUUAAAUAAAAGAUGUCAAUGAGUGUCAUUAAUUCAAGGAAACAGAUGCUGGGAACAUGCAAAUGAGGUUCUGGAAUUUAUCUACAAUUUCCGUCCGUAAAUUGUGGAAAUUAGAUUUGUGGAUCCCCUCCGUGAUUUAACCCUGCCGCGUGCAGUGCUGCUGUUGACGUAUAGCGAGCACGCUGCUGCCACACACCACGUGGCGUUGUAUGAGAGGGGUGUGGUGUUUUGAUAAGCAGCGCUGCGUACGUGAGCGAGCACUCUGCCGUGAGCUCAGAAGGGACCAGUCGCGUGUUGGCGUCUGUCUGCCUGCCUCCGUACCUCUUUGUAGAGAUGUUCUUUCUAUCCAGUUUCUACAGCGCUGCUUUAACCACAUCCAGGACGAGAGAUGACUUCCUGGGCCAGGUGGAUGUCCCGCUCAGCCACCUCCCGACUGAGGACCCCACCAGGGAGAGACCGUACACCUUCAAGGACUUCCUGUUGCGGCCACGGAGUCAUAAAUCCCGGGUGAAGGGCUACCUGAGGCUAAAGAUGGCCUACUUGCCCCAGAAUGGCAUAAACGAGGAGACCCCAGAGCAGACUGAAGAAUCGGAGCAGCCCGGCUGGGAGGUGCUGGAGCACCCGGACGCCGCCGCCACCCAGCGAACGAGCGAGCAGCAGCUACCGCCGCUGCCCGUCGACUGGGAGGAGAGGCAGGACAACCUGGGCCGCACGUACUUCGUGAACCACCGCACGCGCUCCACGCAAUGGGUCCGCCCCAGCACCGUAGAGGCGACGCCGGAGUCGGAGACGCACAUCCGGGAGAUCGACCAGCAGGCGCAGAACAUCUUCCGCUCGCGGCGUCAGAUCAGUGAGGACGUGGAAGCGACCGACUCGCGGGACAACUCCGAGCUGAACUGGGAGCUGCUGGAGCCGGUCGCGGAAAGCCAGCCGAGCACCGCACCGGAGCCGCCCGUCCCCCCGACGCCCCCGCCCGCGCCGUCUCCGGUGCCCUCGCCGGCCACGUCGCCUGCACCCUCGCCGGCGCCCUCGCCGGCGCCCUCGCCGGCGCCCUCGCCGGCGCCUGCUUUGGCUCCCCCACCCCCGCUCUUGGAGAGCCCCGAGCCAGAGCCACCCUCAGCGGCGCUGUCCGACGAGCUGAACCGGCGGCUCGAGGCGGCCAGCGUGUCCGGCGAGGAGGCCUCGUCCUCGAUGUUGCUGAACGGACGAAUACGCUCAUCCAGUGUCACUAACCCAGAACCGCCACAGUCCAUCAUGAAACCACAGGCUAGGAGGAUACGGUCAUCCACCGUGACAAACGGUGAACUUGCUCACUUUCAGAGGGUGGUGGUGCCGCAGGCCUUCACCACCCCGGGGCUUCCACCGGGCUGGGAGGAGAGGAAGGACGAGAAGGGGCGUUCCUACUUCGUCAACCACAACAACCGAACCACCACGUGGACGAGGCCCAUCGUGCAGCAGGCCGACUACGCCACGCAGGGGGCUGCCACGGCGGGGGCCCCGGCCUCGGAGGGUCCCUCUGCGCCCAUCCGACGACCCCGCAGCCUCAGCUCGCCCGCCAUCCAGGAGAACAUACCGGACAUGCGAGGUGGCCGCAACGGGCCGCCGUCGUUCACACAGCCCCCCUUGGACUCGCCGCAGGCGUCUCCGUACGGCUCCCCCAAGCAGAAGCACAAGGGCUGCCCUGGCUUCAGCUUCCUGCCGGCCGGCUGGGAGAUGAGGUUCGCCCCCAACGGUCGCCCAUUCUUCAUCGACCACAACAACCGCACGACCACAUGGGAGGACCCACGCCUCAAAGUGCCCGUCCACAUGCGGAUGAGACCCAGUCUGGACCCAUCAGAACUGGGCCCUUUGCCGCCCGGCUGGGAGGAGCGCACGCACUCGGACGGACGAACCUUCUACAUCGACCACAACACGAAGAACACGCAGUGGGAGGAUCCCCGGCUACAGAACCCAGCCAUCACUGGCCCGGCUGUGCCCUACUCAAGGGAUUACAAACAGAAGUACGACUUCUUCAGGAAGAAAUUAAAGAAGCCGGCCGACAUCCCCAACCGCUUCGAGAUGAAGCUGCACCGCGCCAGCAUCCUGGAGGACUCGUACCGGCGCAUCGUGGCCGUGAAGCGCGCCGACCUGCUCAAGGCGCGCCUGUGGAUCGAGUUCGAUGGCGAGAAGGGGCUGGACUACGGCGGCGUCGCCCGCGAGUGGUUCUUCCUCAUCUCCAAGGAGAUGUUCAACCCCUACUACGGCCUCUUCGAGUACUCGGCCACGGACAACUACACUCUGCAGAUCAACCCCAUCUCGGGCUUGUGCAACGAGGAACACCUCUCUUACUUCACCUUCAUCGGGCGUGUGGCCGGCAUGGCGGUGUUCCACGGAAAGCUCCUCGACGGCUUUUUCAUCCGGCCCUUCUACAAGAUGAUGCUCCAGAAGCCCAUCACGCUCAACGACAUGGAGUCAGUGGACAGCGAGUACUACAACUCGCUCAUGUGGAUCCUGGAGAACGAUCCCGCAGACCUCGACUUACGCUUUUGCAUCGACGAGGAGAUGUUUGGCCAGACUCACCUGGUGGAGCUGAAGCCAAAUGGUUCUGAAAUUCUGGUGACCAAUGAGAACAAAAAGGAGUACAUUGAGUUGGUCAUCCAGUGGAGGUUUGUGGAACGAGUUCAGAAGCAAAUAAAUGCCUUCAUGGAGGGCUUCUCCGAGCUCAUUCCCAUGGACCUCAUCAAGAUUUUUGACGAAAAUGAACUCGAGCUGCUCAUGUGCGGGCUGGGCGACGUGGACGUCAACGACUGGAGGCAGCAUACCAUCUACAAGAACAGCUACUGUGCCAACCACCCCGUCAUCCAGUGGUUCUGGAAGGCUGUGCUGCUCAUGGAUGGGGAGAAGCGAAUCCGCCUGUUGCAGUUUGUGACGGGGACGUCUCGAGUGCCCAUGAACGGCUUUGCGGAGCUCUACGGCUCCAACGGACCUCAGCUGUUCACCAUUGAAAUGUGGUCGACUUCAGAAAAGCUACCCCGAGCACACACAUGUUUUAACCGCUUGGACUUGCCACCAUACGAGUCCUUCGAUGACCUUCGGGAGAAGCUGAACAUCGCCAUCGAGAAUGCGCAGGGCUUCGAGGGCGUCGACUAAACUGGUGCCUUCACAUCGAGACUGCCAACCCCCCCCACCACCACCCUUGCAAGGCACCCACCGAUAGUCCAGCUCAAAACAUUGCAAGAUCGUCGGACUCGUCAAGCAACGCUCGCUAUCCCAGAGCUGCCACACAACCUUCGCGGGGUGAAGACCACUAGACUAUUAGACGUGUACAUUGCUUGAAGGAGAAGCCACUUGGAAUGUUUUCCGCACUGUCACAGACGUGCCAACAUGUCCAUCUAGCCCCCAGGAGCUAAUCGUGUACAGAAAGGAAGUGGCUAGAGGAAUAGCCCGGUCCUAUUGCUAGAGGAAUAGCCCAGUCCUAUUGCUAGAGCAAUAGCCCGGUCCUAAUGCUAGAGCAAUAGCCCAGUUCUAUUGCUGGAGCAAUAGGCCAGUCCUAAUGCUAGAGCAAUAGCCCAGUCCUAAUGCUAGAGCAAUAGCCCAGUCCUAAUGCUAGAGCAAUAGCCCAGUCCUAUUGCUAGAGCAAUAGCCCAGUCCUAUUGCUAGAGGAAUAGCCCAGUCCUAUUGCUAGAGCAAUAGGCCAGUCCUAUUGCUAGAGCAAUAGGCCAGUCCUAUUGCUAGAGCAAUAGCCCAGUCCUAAUGCUAGAGCAAUAGGACUGGCCUAUUGCUCUAGCAAUAGGCCAGUCCUAUUGCUGGAGUAAUAGCCCAGUCAUAUUGCUGGAGCAAUAGCCUGGUGCUAUUGCUAGAGCAAUAGUCCGGUCCUAUUGCUGGAGCAAUAGGCUGAUCCUAUUACUAGAGCAAUAGCCCGGUCCUAUUGCUGGAGCAAUAGCCCAGUCCUAUUGCUAGAGGAAUAGCCCAGUCCUUUUGCUAGAGCAAUAGGCCAGUCCUAUUGCUAGAGCAAUAGGCCAGUCCUAUGGCUAGAGCAAUAGCCCAGUCCUAAUGCUAGAGCAAUAGGACUGGCCUAUUGCUAGAGCAAUAGGCCAGUCCUAUUGCUGGAGUAAUAGCCCAGUCAUAUUGCUGGAGCAAUAGCCCGGUGCUAUUGCUAGAGCAAUAGCCCGGUCCUAUUGCUGGAGCAAUAGGCCGGUCCUAAUGCUAGAGCAAUAGCCCAGUCCUAUUGCUAGAGGAAUAGCCCGGUCCUAUUGCUGGAGCAAUAGCCCGGUCCUAUUGCUAGAGGAAUAGCCCGGUCCGAUUACUAGAGCAAUAGCCCGGUCCUAUUGCUAGAGCAAUAGCCCGGUCCUAUUGCUAGAGCAAUAGCCCGGUCCUAUUGCUAGAGCAAUAGCCCGGUCCUAUUGCUAGAGUAGGAAUCCAGUCCAGAGCAAUAGCUCAGUCCUAUUGCAUUCCACCCUGAGGACUGCUAGAGCAAUUGGACUGGGCAAUCGGACUAUGACCGAGCAAUAGGGCAGUCCUCGGUGGAAAGUCACCGAUUCUUCCCCUUGCCUCUGCACUGUGUGUGCGUGCGCGCGUAUGUGUUUAUUAUCGUGAGAUGUUGCAUCUUUGUUGACAAAUAAAGGCAUAAAUAUAAUAAAGUUGCCCCUUAAUGGAUUCCGUUUGCUUUGUCGUGACAAUUCAUUUCUGUCACGACCUUCUUGCAUACGUAUUUGAGAUGAAAUGGUGACAUUGACGAGGUGUAGUCUAGCUUUGAAGUGGUGGUUUAAGUGCGGCGUGUACAAUUUUUUUGUAACCAAAGUAUUCCUUUCACAAAGGGUUUCAGAACUGAAACGGUGAGGUGUAAUUUUCAUCGGGCGAAUGAAAUUAUCUUUUUAUAAUGUAAAUGAAAUGUGAAUACUGUUUUGCUAGUUGUUUCAGACUGAAAUUUGUUGUAAUCUGGUCUUUGUUCACUGUUUAUAUAUUCUGGAUUGCAAGUACGUGAAUAUAGAAUUGGGAGCAGUUUGUAUGGCAUACCUUAACAAUUCACUCCUGUGAGCUUUAAACGGGGUUUUGCCAGGGGUGUCUGUAAAAAUUACUACACUAUAGGCAAAAAAUGUAAUCACCCAAAAGUCUUAUUAAAGUUCUGUUUACAAUAACAGGCUUUUCACAUCUUUCCCAUGUCUUACUUCAGUAUUUGAAGAACACUGCUGGGAAGUUUGAGUUGUUUAAAAGCAUGUAAGGAAAAAAAAAUAUUCGUCAAUCCGAACGCUUGUACGUGAACGUAGGGCUCCGUCUUCAUAUGCACAGACGGGAGGGCCUGCUGCAUCGGUGCGAUGGCCUGUGUGGCCGAUGCUGUCACCACUGCCCGCCCGCUGCUGCCUUCGUUCGGCCUGCCUACACGGCCCCGCUCUGUCUUGUACGUGUGAACAAAGCCUCUCCCUCCGCAUGGCGCAGGAACGGCUGCCCUCUCAAUGAGCAGGCUAAGUUAAACCGCAUGUUUGUCAGCGGUUUGCCAAACCGCUGUCUCCUGCUCUGCCAAAAUAAGAAGCUUCCGUUGGUAACAGUCUGAUAUUGCGCGUAAAGUAAGCGAUUCUCAAAUUGUAGACCUCUCGCCCUAAAUACCCACGUUUUUCAUUUUUGCCAGUCAACACCAAAGUGUUACCAUGCUCAACCAACCGUUGGGGCGACACGCCCCUUCCAUUGACGGCCCUGAGGCAGUGCUGGAAAUUCCACAUUUCCUCGCCGUGAGCUCUUGACGCUAAACCUUUCGCACGUUGAGCAAUGUGUGUUGCCCGUGCGCUCUGACUGGUAGAUGUGGAACUGUGGUCCAUUGAACGGAUUCUGAGAAGCGGAGCCUGCGUCUGGUGCCCUGUGUUUGCUUUAAGCUGCACUGGGGAACUCCAGGCCAGGCCAAAGCAUUCCAUGUCGCGCAGGCCGGCACCGUGCCGACUGCUCCGUGGUGGUCAGGCAGUGAGUGAGCCUUCGUGUUCUACGCCAAUGACUGACUGUGUUAAUUAGCAGUAUUGUAACGGUUCAGGGGUCUUGUUUUAUUAUUCACGAGGUAUAUGAAAUGAUUUUGUUAAUAAUUCAAACUACUUAACCUUAAAAGUAUUUUUGUUUAUUUAAAUGACUCACCUAUGUGAAUCUGCCUUAAUUAUCAAACCUGUUAUCGACAAAAGCUGUAAUGGAUUACAAAUUUACAUAUCGCUACCCGUUGUGGGGGUUGUAUGCUGUGCUUGAUGACGACUAAGUGCAUGCACUUUCUUACUAAUAAAACAUACACUGCUUCUGAAA